GGGCAGCCUUGUCCGGCCGCCCAGCCAUUUGGGGGGCCUUUAGAAAGGGGGGCGGCUGGGGCCAUCCGAGCCUGCCCUCUUUCGUGGCGCGGCGCGGUGGGUUCCCUUUCGUGGUAUGGGGGCAGAUCUUGGUCCCGCCGCCCGCUCGGGCAGUGCGGGUCUUCACUCUGUGUGUAUGUUCUUCGCCCCCGGACUUGGUGGCCCCACCCCGCCCACCAUUGGUCCGUCUCUCGUUGGGCUUUGUUUGGUGGUGGUAGGUGCAUUCCCUUGCGGCGCCGCUUGUAUUGCCUGGGUGGCCCGCUCAUCAGGCGGAUGGCCCAUUAUUGGGUGAUGUGUGGCAGCUGCCCUUGUCGAAGUUGGACUCGGCGGCCCAAACCCUUGCCGUUCUGUGUAGUCGUAGCGGUAUGCGUAAAUGGGAAAAG